AUGCAUUAUAAAGAAACAUUCUUACAUAAAUGGAUUGAAUUAUUUGAUCCUGAACAUACAGGAUUUAUUACUUAUGAACAAUAUUGUAAAACACUUGGUUUAAUACCACGUAAACGUACACUUAGUAAAAAUUUAACAGAUUCUACAUUAUUAUCAUCAUCAGUAUCAUCAUCAUCAUUGUCUAUUUCAUCAAAACAAGAUAAUGUCAAUGAAACAUUCAUUGGUAGUUUUGAUAAAAAUGUAAACGAGACUAAUAUUACUACAAUCAUUCAACAAUCUCAUUCAAAUGAACCAAAUCAAAAAAUUGAACAAACAAUUAUAACAACAGAACAACAUUCAACUAUUCAUAUACAAAUUGAUCAAACAAUAAAAAAUACAUGUACUUUAAAACAAUCAGAAGUUGAAAUCAAUGAAACAGAACAACAACAACAAAAUGAGUUUCCAAAUCAAUCAAAUAAUCCCAUUCAUCAAAAUAUCAAUAAUGAUAGUACCAAUUUACCAAUGAUAAAUAAUCAAAACAUCAUUAUAGUAAAUGAUGAACAAUUAAAUAAUAAACAUAAACCUGAAUUUAUCGAUGAGGAUAUGGUAACAGUGAAGGAAAAUAUUAUUUCACC